ACUCACCAAGAGUACCAUGCUACUGCUAUACCCUACACUACACUACAAUACAAAUAAUUAUAAUACUUCUUAUUCAUUAACCCUUCCUUCUUCUUCUUCCACCACACAACACAUGCACUCUCUCAUCUACACACUUUUUUCCCUUUAAAUUUUCCAUCUUCACUUCACUUCACCUCACAUACCACUUCCAUGGCCGCAUUUUCCACCUUCCUCGUUUUCCUACUUCUCGUAGGAACACUCACACAACUUGUUUUUUCUUCCGACCAAGAAAAGAAGAAAACUUUCAUCGUCCAAGUUCAUCAUCAAACGAAGCCUUCCAUUUUCCCAACCCACAGACACUGGUACGACUCAUCACUGUCUUCCAUUUCCAGCACCGCUUCCGUUAUCCACACCUACGACACCGUUUUUCACGGCUUCUCCGUCAAGCUCUCAACUUCCGAGGCACAGAAGCUGCAAGCGCUCAGCCAUGUCAUCACUCUCAUACCCGAACAGGUUCGACAGCUUCACACCACGCGCUCCCCUCAGUUCCUCGGUCUCAACACCGCCGAUCGCGCCGGGUUGCUGCACGAGACUGAUUUCGGCUCGGAUCUCGUCAUAGGCGUAUUCGAUACCGGAAUCUGGCCGGAGCGCCAGAGUUUCAGCGGUCGCGACCUGGGGCCCGUUCCUGCCAAGUGGAAGGGCGAGUGCGUGGCCGGGAAGAGCUUUCCGGCGACCUCAUGCAACCGGAAAAUCAUCGGAGCCAGGUACUUCUCCGGCGGGUACGAGGCCACCAGCGGGAAGUUGAACGAGACCGUGGAGUUCCGCUCGGCAAGAGACUCCGACGGCCACGGCACGCACACGGCGUCCAUCGCCGCUGGAAGGUACGUGUCGUCGGCCUCAACGUUGGGUUACGCGAAAGGAGUCGCCGCCGGCAUGGCGCCGAAAGCGCGGUUGGCGGUGUAUAAAGUCUGCUGGCUCGGCGGGUGCUUCGGCUCCGACAUCCUCGCCGCGUUCGACGCCGCCGUAGCCGACGGCGUCGACGUGGUGUCGCUCAGCGUCGGAGGAGUGGUGGUGCCGUACCACCUCGACGAGAUUGCGAUUGGCGCCUUCGGCGCCAUCUCAGCUGGCGUUUUUGUCUCCUCCUCAGCUGGCAAUAACGGUCCCGGUGGCCUCACAGUGACAAAUAUAGCGCCGUGGGUUACCACCGUAGGCGCUGGAACUUUAGACAGAGAUUUCCCGGCGAGUGUUAAGCUUGGAAAUGGAAAAAUAGUGCCCGGGAUAAGUAUUUAUGGUGGACCUGGUUUAACUCCGGGUCGGAUGUACCCGAUUGCGUAUGGGGGUAGUGGACAGUUUGGCGGCGGCGGCGGUGGUGGAGGUAAUGGUUAUUCAUCUUCACUUUGUUUGGAAGGUUCCUUGGAUCCCGAGACUGUGAAAGGAAAAAUUGUUGUGUGUGAUAGAGGUAUUAACGGAAGGGCUGCUAAAGGUGAAGAAGUGAGAAAAAAUGGAGGGGUUGGGAUGAUUUUAGCCAACGGCGUGUUUGACGGUGAAGGGUUGGUGGCUGAUUGCCACGUGUUGCCUGCCACGGCGGUUGGCGCCACAGCCGGCGAGAUAAUCCGGAGGUACAUUGAGAAUUCGCGGUCACCGGCAACUGCCACAAUUGUGUUCAAGGGAACAAGGCUCGGUGUGAAGCCAGCACCAGUGGUGGCAUCGUUUUCUGCAAGAGGGCCUAACCCAGUGUCCCCGGAGAUUCUGAAGCCUGAUGUUAUAGCCCCAGGGUUGAACAUUCUUGCAGCGUGGCCUGAUCAUGUAGGACCUUCUGGGGUACCCUCCGAUGGGCGUAGGACAGAGUUCAACAUACUCUCUGGGACUUCCAUGGCUUGUCCUCAUGUUUCUGGUUUGGCGGCGCUGUUGAAAGCAGCACACCCUGAUUGGAGUCCUGCAGCCAUUAGAUCAGCAUUGAUGACCACUGCAUAUACUGUGGACAACAAAGGUGAUCCUAUGUUGGAUGAAUCAACCGGGAAUGUUUCCUCGGUGUUUGAUUAUGGUUCUGGCCAUGUUCAUCCCGUUAAGGCCAUGAACCCUGGGUUGGUUUAUGAUAUCUCACCCUCUGAUUAUGUGAAUUUCUUGUGCAAUUCAAAUUACACCAGCAACAGCAUCCAUGUGAUCACAAGAAAGAGUGCAGAUUGCAGAGGGGCUAAAAGAGCAGGACAUGCUGGGAAUCUGAACUACCCUUCAUUCUCUGCAGUGUUUCAGCAAUAUGGAAAGAAGAGAAUGUCUACACAUUUUAUCAGAAGUGUAACAAAUGUUGGUGACCCUAAUUCAGUGUACAAGGUCACCAUCAAGCCAAUACCUGGGAUGGUGGUGACAGUGAAACCAGACACCCUGAGUUUCAGGAAGAUUGGUCAGAAGUUGAACUUUCUUGUUAGGGUACAAACUAGGGCUGUUAAGCUUACACCUGGGAGUUCUAGUAUGAAGAGUGGUUCCAUAGUUUGGUCUGAUGGAAAACAUUCUGUGACAAGCCCCUUGGUUGUCACAAUGCAGCAACCUCUGGAUUAGUGUUUCAAGCUUCUGGGUGUAGAAAAAAACUUGGGAUUUUAUCCAUUUUAUCCAUCUCGGAUAUGCUUUAUAGAGUAUUAGAGUAUGUGUUUGUGAAGGUGUUAAGAACUGGUGAAAGAGUGUGAAGGCACCAAAAUGAAGGAUAUUCUCAAAUUAAACUCCUUGUUGUAUAAUUAAGAGUGUUUGUAGAAAAUGCUGUGUUCAGAAGAGGAUAAGUAUAUUGCAAAGAUCUUUCCUUUUUUAGUGAUGCUUUGAAAUUUUUUAACAUCUUGUUCUGUCAAA